CCCAAAACAAGCGCCAAGUAACUUGCCACCAAAACACUAGAAGAAGACGCCAGGAAGCCAUCGGAACCAAUCACACUGCCUGGCGGGUCUUGAGUUGUUGUGCUGAGUUGUCAUACGUCUGUAAACUAUUAUUACUAUUAAGAUUUUUACAGAAUGUCGUCGUUUGUGACUGAAGUUCUUGCCAUCUCUGGCAAAUUGGAGAAAGAGGAUCUGUCUAGCAAAGUUAGCAAAAUGUCUCGCAAGGUGGAAGAUACCAAGGAAGAAGUAUGUGAUAUGAUAAAUAAGGGAUAUGCUGACUUUCUACCCAGUCUUCAAGGAUCAGAGGAGCUAAUGGUACAGGUUGAGGAGAUCUCGAAAGAAAUUGAUGCUCUUAAAAAUUGCAUUGAAAGUGAGGUGCAGCAAAACAUUCAUUUGGCUGUGGCUGAGUAUGCAAAACUGAAGGAGCAGCUGGAAAAAAACACUUGUAUCAUAACAAUGCUGAGACACCUAAAAGAGUUUCACAUGGCAAUGGAGGGGUUCAACAAAGCUUUACUAAAUAAGAGUUAUGUUGAUGCAGCUAACCACCUGGAACAGGCAAGGGCCAGUGUGGAUUCACUGAAGAGAUGGAAGACUUCUCAACUGCCACUGCUCAGUGCUCUCAGCUCUGAGUUGACAGUGCAAAGAGAAAACUUGAUUUACCACCUGGGAGAUGAAUGGAAGCGUCUUGUUAUCUGGAGGUUACCAUCAUCUAAGGAUCCUGCAGGUUUGAAUUCCCUACUAAAAGUGGAGCUGAACCUGAGAAAAGGUUUCAAUGAUGGUGGAGCAAAACCACCACCAUUGUUGUGCUGUGUUUUGCAAGCUCUGGCCAUUCAGGGAGACCUUCAGCACAAGAUUAAACUCUUUAGCCAAGUACUCUUAAAGAAUAUGUUGAAGCCAUUGGUGGUAUACUCAUCACUUUCAGUGAGAGUAUCAGAGCAGCAGGGUGAGGGAAACUUUCUCGCCUUACAGUGUGUGGAAGAGAGUCAAGAAGAGCGAUCAACUCCUUCACAGGUCUACACCAAACUUCUCCUGGUGCUCCAGACACUGCACUCACACCUAUUAGAUGUGUCCAUUGGUGGUAAACCUCUAUCAGCUAUCUUGGGGGAGCUGAUUUGGGAAGAACUUUCUCAGUGCAUCAUCCAUGAGUGUCUGCUCUACUCCAUCCCCACAAACAGCAGUCAGCUGGAGAAAUACAACAAAGUGAUCAAGGAAACAGAAGAAUUUGAGAAGGCUUUGAAAGAGAUGCAUUAUCUGCAGGGUGAUUCCACAGACUUGCUUAAAUAUGCCAGGGAUGUCAACUGUCACUUUGCCAGCAAGAAGUGCAAGGAUGUCAUUGUGGCAGCCCGCAAACUAAUGACCUCUAAGAUGCACAAUACUGUCAAAAUCACACCAGACACAAAACUGCGUCUCCCCAAGUUGCCUGCUCCAAGGUCAGGCAUGCAGUUGGAGCGUGGAGAGACCGCAGGUCACACGGAGCAAGUGACAAUGGAGAACCCAAAGCAGCUGUCUGUGUGGAGUCUAUGUCUACCAGCCUGUCGCAUCAGUGAAUCCGUGCAGCAGCUGAUGGAGCUGGCUUUGAACACCCUAUGUGAGGCCGUUGGGAGCUCCACACAAAGCGCAUUACAGCUUUUCUUCACUGUGAGAAACAUUUUCCAACUGUUCCAUGAUGUUGUACCCACGUAUCACAAGGAGAACCUGCUCAAAUUUCCGCAUCUAGCUGCCAUCCAGCACAACAACUGCAUGUACUUGGCCCACCACCUCCUUACCUUGGGCCACCAGUUUAGAGCUCAGCUGCCACAGCCUCUCAGUGAAGGUGUUGCCACAUUUGUCGACAUGGUUCCUGGAUUCAGGAAACUAGGUGCUCAGUGCUUCUUAGCUCAGCUGAAUGUUCAAAGAGCUGAACUGUUGGAAAGACUUUCAACUGCUCACAACUUCUGCAAUCUGGAUGAUGAAGAUAAUUAUAUUGCAGCCAGUAAAGCAGUAAGACAGGUCAUUCAUCAGCUGAAACAGUUGGGCACGGUGUGGCAGGAUGUCCUGCCUGUCGGCAUCUAUUGUAAAGCAAUGGGAAACCUCCUCAACACAGCUAUCACAGAAAUCAUUGCCAAAAUCAUGAUGUUGGAGGAUAUUUCCUCUGAGGAUGGGGAGCACCUACAUACUCUGUGCCAAACCAUUAUAGAAGAAGGUCCCCUUGUCUUCAUCCCUCUGACGGAGGAAAAGAAAAACAAGAAAUAUCAGGAGGAAGUGCCUCUCUAUGUUAAGAAGUGGAGCACCUUUAAGGAGCUGGUUAUUGUGCUGCGGGCCAACUUGCAGGAGAUUGUUGACAGGUGGGCUGAUGGUAAAGGUCCAUUAGCAUUGGAGUUCUCCAGUUCAGAAGUGAAGAACCUGAUCCGAGCCUUGUUUCAGAAUACAGAGAGGAGAGCUGGAGCUCUGACUAAAAUCAAAUAGACAAUUGGAACCAAUGGCUGCCAAAAAGAUUCCUUAGCACCUUUUCUUGAGGUGAUGAGUGAUUUAUGCCUUUGUUAAUUUUCAGUUUCUGUUAUAUGCAAUGUUUUUUACUGGCUUUUGAACAGUGAUCGUAGAUGAAUAGUUGCCCCCUCUGGGGGGUCUAAGAAGGUUGCAAUCAGUUUGUGAGCUAUUUUUCUUAAGAUGGAAAGUACUCCUAAUGGCUACAUGGACACUAUCCUUACAACAGUAGCGGUCCCGGCUAUUAGGCUUUAGGGAUUUAUUACAGUGAAAGCAACUGGAGUUGUUUCACCAGUAGCUUCUGUUGACAUGGUGUUGUAUCCAAGAAAUACUGCUGCACUGCUCUUCAAGCUUCUUGCAUAACUAAAAGAAUCCUACCCUCUUUAAUGUCUCUGAAACAUUGUUCUGACAAGUGUAUUAUGGAUUUUUACUUGCAAGACAUUAAAUUACACCUAUGCUAUAUUUAUUGUUUGAAAAUAAACCAAACAACACCA